AUGCGGAGGUCCUCGCGAUUGAGCUCUUCAGGCACUAAAAGUCGCUAUUUUGAAGAUGACGUCGAUGAGUCCGAGGAUUCGUUGGCCCCACCCAACAAGAAGAAGCAGACCCCAAAGCGCAAUAUGAAAGCUAAGCAGGUCGACUCAAGCUCCGAUGAGCUCCAAGUGGAUGAAGUUAGUGAGGAUGAAGCUACCGAGGAUGAAGACGAUUCAGAGGUUGUCCAAGUCAAGAAAAGGGGCCGAGGGCGACCACCCAAGCCCCAACCCAAAGCCAAACCCAACUCCAAGAAGAGGCCAGCAGGUAAUGCCAAUGAUGCUGAAACUCCACGCAAAAAGGGUCGCGGUCGACCACCGCUAAAGAAGGAAAAGCCUCAAUCAGAGGAUGAAGAGGUCUUGGACGAUGAUAGUGACGAUGAUGAGUCCCCUCGUGUCGAGUUCAUCCCGCUUCCCCAACUGCGCGACACCGGUGGCGUUGAAUAUGAACCAGAAUUUGUCCAUCCCAACACCAUGGCAUUCUUGAAGGAUCUCAAGGCAAACAACAAGAGGUCGUGGCUCAAGAUGCGAGACCCCGAGUAUCGUCGAUCUCUCAAAGACUGGGAGGCUUUUGUCGAGACACUCACGGAGAAAAUCAUCGAAGCCGAUGAAACCAUUCCUGAGCUUCCUUUGAGAGAUGUCAUCUUUCGAAUAUAUCGAGAUAUUCGCUUCUCCAAGGAUCCUACUCCAUACAAACCGCAUUACUCUGCUGCGUGGUCGCGAACUGGCCGUAAAGGUCCGUACGCUUGUUAUUAUGUACACUGCGAGCCAGGGUCUUGUUUUGUGGGUGGUGGCCUCUGGCAUCCUGAUAAGGAUGCCCUCGCAAAACUGCGCGCCAAUGUGGAUGAGCGGCCACAUAGGCUACGGCGUAUUCUCAUGAACCCUGAAUUUAGAAGCGCUUUCCUUCCAAAGGCCAAGAAUGACGAAGCUUCUGUCAUUUCGGCAUUCUGCGAGUCCAAUAAGGAAAACGCCUUGAAGAUCCGGCCUCAGGGGUUUAACCCAGAACAUCGUGACAUUGAGCUAUUGAAGCUGCGCAAUUAUACUGUGGGUCGCAAGAUCAAGGAUUCGGACCUUACUAGCAGCGAUGCCCAAGAGAAGAUCAUGGCCAUCAUCUCUCCAAUGGUUGAAUACGUCACCUUUCUGAACAAUGUCGUUAUGCCGGACCCUGAUUUUGACUCGGACUCGGAAGGAGAAGGUCAAGGCACUGAACUAGACGGAGAAUAA